AUGCUGCAGAAUAAUUUCAGCUGGAUAGCUGCCACGGGCCAAAAUAUGCCGCCGGGGAUAGAUGGACAGAGCUGCAUGAGCCGUGGACGGGACUACUUGUCCAAGGCUUACAAGGAGAACAGGUCGGAUAUGGCAAAUUCAUGGCCGAGUCUCAUGAGACAAGAACGGGCCGACAGAUGGUUCUUUGACCAAGGGGAUGGCCACGAGCCACGAGCCACGAGCCACGAGCCACGAGCCACGAGCCACGAGCCACGAGCCACGAGCCACGAGUGA